AUGCCUCUGGAGCGUCUUGAAGAAGAAGGUCUUGAGAAAAUUCCCAACUUAAGAUUAGCGCAAUGGGUUUUCCGGGCUGGAUUAACUAAGACUCCCGAUACGAUGCGUAAAGAACUUAUGGCAAAAAUUACCAAGUGUAUACAAGAUGAUA